GGGAACGUGCACAGCGCAGGCGCAAGGGUGCGACCAGAUUGGGGGAGGGGAAGGAGAGCGGGAGGCCGCGGGGAGAGCAGUGCGCAGGCGUGAGGGCGGGUUCCGUAACUCCCGCGGCGGGCCUCGGAGCGCGCGCAGUGGGUGGGGCGGAAGCGGGCGCGGCGCGCCGCCCUCCCGCCUCAGCAGGCCUUCCCCGAAUGCGGGCGGCCUCGCUGGGCAGCCGGGGGAGCCCUGCCUCGGUUCCUUUUCCGCAGGUGGAGGGUGCGGCUUGGGACGCCCGAGCCGGAGUUCAAUGGGAACGCGCGCCGCCGUGCUGUUGUCAGUGGAGGAGAAUGAGGCCUGGACCUGGAGUUGUGAGGGUUUGCAGGCUCCUACUCCAGGGUGGAGGGAUGAGCUGCAAAACCACACGUUCCUGCACACAAUGUACUGCCAGAAAGGGAGUCCCAACGUGGGGCUAUCCGAAACCUACGACGAGGACCAGCUUUUCUCCUUCGACUUUUCCCAGAAUAUCCGAGUGCCUCGCCUGCCUGAAUUUGCUGACUGGGCUCACAAGUCUCGAGAUACUUACAGCAUUUUCUUUGACAAAGCAUUCUGCCGGGCGAUCAUUGAGGAAAUUGGCCCAGAGCUUGAGGGGCAAAUCCCUGUGUCUAGAGGGCUCCCCAUCGCUGAGGUGUUCACUCUGAAGCCCCUGGAGUUUGGCAAGCCCAACACGCUGGUCUGUUUCGUCAGUAACCUCUUCCCACCCACACUGACUGUGAGCUGGCAGCAUCAUUUGGCCCCUGUGGAAGGAGCCAGGCCCACUUUUGUCUCAGCCGUCGAUGGACUCACCUUCCAGGCCUUUUCUUACUUAAACUUCACACCAGCACCCUCUGAUCUUUUCUCCUGCAUCGUGACUCAUGAGAUUGACAGCUACACAGCAAUCGCCUUUUGGGUGCCCCAGAAUGCGCUGCCCUCCGAUCUUCUGGAGAACGUGCUGUGCAGUGUAGCCUUUGGCCUGGGUGUGCUGGGCAUCAUUGUUGGCUUAGUCCUCAUCAUCUACUUCCGAAAACCUUGCUCAGGUGACUGACUCUUCCUGACCAGUCUGAGGCCGACAGCUGCAGCCAUCCAAGCAAGAGGUGUUCAAGUUUCUCACAUCCUACCCAGGAUCUCUCCUUCUCAGAGCAGGAGGCCCUGGGACUCCCCCCAGGGGAUGUGUGUGUGUGUGUACAGGUUUCUCAGCUGGGGUCUCUGCUGUCCCUGGGCUUUUGCAUCCAGGGGAACCCAGAGUGGCUUUCCUAUCACGACCACAUCACUGCCAUGUCAAGGCAAUAAAUCUCAUUUCUUAAUAUCA